UUCGAGGUUCGACACCCGACUCGAGCAGAGUUGUGUUUACUGAGCGCCUAAAGGCAGCACGGAAAACCUUCUCCCAUAUACCCCCUCCCCCACCGGUCCACAAAUGAGAUUGGACCAUAGCGCUCUGACCUUGCUAUAAGAAAGAAGAGCUAUAUAAAAGCUUUAAAUUUAUUUAUUUACUACCUACAUCAUAUUGCAGAGAGCUACAUUAAGAGAAUUGGGAUUGUCGACACUACUCUACGCCAGAGCAAGUCUGUGACAUCAAGAUUUUAACUUUUAUAUGAAGCUGGGGAAAUGUUGACUAAGACAUUACAGUCGCUUGCGUUGGGGUUUUUAGUUUUGAUUCAAGCAAGUAGCACGUCUGGACGGGUAGUUACAAGACUGGUCAAUGACAUCAACGGAGCUGUAACAAAAUGUCAGGGGGAUAAAAGCUGCUUCCCUGAUAUGAAUAGCAACUCCUCGUGGAUUCUGGCAUUUCGAGGUACAGCAGCCAUUGGGAAACCUGUCUACCCCGCGUACGUGGAUGGAACUGGAUUACCGAAGAGAAUUCAGAAAGGAUGUAUGCAGGUUGGGCAGAACUUGCCAUGUUCCAAUCACUUCAGAAACAACACAGUCUUAGACAACUGGAAAAAUAUAUCUGAAGUAGCUCUGGUCAUAUACAAAAACAGCACUCCAGUGCAUCACGUGAUAUUUAACGGAUCAAGCUCGACCUACAUGACCUGGAUGGAUAAGAAUAAGAUCGAGAGCACCAGCUGGGUAGACAUAUAUAACAAUUCUGCCAACUAUUUCGGCAUAUUCGGGCAUCAAGAAAAUGCAAUGCGGAGAACUUUUUUUAUGAACCAUAAUUACGGGACAUGCCCUAACGACCAGGGCUGGUUUGUUGCCGUUGACAACAUACUUGGCGACUGUAUGUGGGAGCAGACGCCCAAAUUUCCAAUGUUCAAAUACUCAACUGGUAAUAUUAUGAUAAACUGGAACGAGGCUAAGACAGACCAUGCUGAAUAUUUUGCCGUGUUUGUCAAAUAUAACAAAUCAACAUAGUAUGAAGAAAUAAAUUGAAAAGUCACAUGUUUAAAUGUUUAA